GCCCCGCCCGCCCUUCAGGCUGAUGCCCACCCAGCCCCACGACCACCGGGAAUGGAGUGAGUCUAUGAACUCCCUGCGCAUCAGUGUGGGGGGCCUUCCUGUGCUGGCGUCCAUGACCAAGGCCGCGGACCCCCGCUUCCGGCCCCGCUGGAAGGUCAUCCUGCCAUCCUUCCUGGGCGUCACGGUGCUUUGGCUGCUCUACGCCCACCGCACACCCCCGGGCCGCGCCCCGGCCACCGGCGGGCAUGGCUGGCCACUCAGCUGGCCACCGGGCCCCGCACCGCGCUACAAUGACACGUACCCACUGUCAGCACCACAGCGGACGCCGGGGGGCACGCGCUACCGCAUUGCGGUCAUCGCCGACCUGGACACGGCAUCGCGGGCCCACGAGGACAACACCUGGUUCAGCUACCUGAAGAAGGGCCACCUGACCCUGUCUGACAGCGGGGACACCGUGACGGUGGAGUGGGACAAGGAUCGUGAGGUCCUGGAGUCUCACCUGGCCGAGAAGGGCCGCGGCAUGGAGCUGUCCGAGCUGGUAGUCUUCAAUGGCAAGCUCUACUCCGUGGACGACCGCACGGGCGUGGUCUACCGCAUCGAGGGCACCACAGCUGUGCCCUGGGUCAUCCUGUCCGACGGCGAUGGCACGGUGGGCAAAGGCUUCAAGGCGGAGUGGCUGGCCGUGAAGGACGAGCACCUGUACGUGGGUGGCCUGGGCAAGGAGUGGACCACGGGCACCGGGGAGGUGGUGAACGAGAACCCCGAGUGGGUGAAGGUGGUGGACUGCAGUGGCAGCGUGCACCACGAGAACUGGGUGUCCAGCUACAACGCGCUGCGUGCAGCCGCCGGCAUCCACCCACCAGGCUACCUCAUCCAUGAGGCCGCGUGCUGGAGUGACACGCUGCAGCGCUGGUUCUUCCUGCCACGCCGCGCCAGCCACGAGCGCUACAGCGAGCGGGAGGACGAGCGCCGUGGCACCAACCUGCUGCUGCGUGCCACGCAGGACUUCAGCGGCGUGACCGUCAGCCGCAUCGGGGACGUGGUGCCCACGCACGGCUUCUCCUCCUUCAAGUUCAUCCCCAACACCGACGACCAGAUCAUUGUGGCCCUCAAGUCUGAGGAGGAUGGUGGCACAGUGGCCACCUACAUCACGGCCUUCACACUGGACGGCCGCUUCCUGCUGCCCGAGACCAAGAUCGGCAGUGUCAAGUAUGAGGGCAUCGAGUUCAUCUGACCCAGGCUGGACUCCUGUGUGCGCUGCCCCACCCAGGCCCGAGUGGGCACUGCCGCCUGCGCCAUGGUUCCCUGUUCAAUAAACACUCCCUGAGUUCUGGGG